UCUGUGGAAAAAAAAAAUCGAAUACCCAAUUGGACAAAGCAUUGGUCUAGGGUUUGUAAAUUCAAUUCCCACCAGCUACUAUGCCCACUCGAUGAACAAUUCAAGCUCCGAAAGAAACACCAAGAUGAGAAACAACGACCACGAUGAUGAUAAACCAUUGCCAAACAGACCCCGUCAAGAGAAAGCGGAGGAUAUGAAGCUAUGGGGGAUUCUCAUCUUUGGUUUGAUUGGAGCAACCGCCACGACUUUUGCCGUGGGACAACUGCGACGGUCGGUUGAUUGGUUCUAUUCUCAGUUGACCAGGUCACAGUCAUCAUGGAAAAGUGGAACUGGUGGUUCUUUCCGGUCAAGUUUUCAGGAGGAAGCAUGGAAAAGAUAUAAUCGUCGAAUGCAGGAGGAGUAUGAAGAGGAAAUGGAAAGAGUGGAGCGUAUUAGGCGUAUGCAAAGUGUAUUUAACAGGGAGAGGAGCAAGUACAAAAGGAGCUAUGAGAGCUGGAGAGAAAGUGGUCCAGAUGCAUAUCAUCAACAUUUCCAGAGGGAAGAUUGGUACUGGAAGACCAAUACAUCAAACAGAGAUCAGAGGAGUAACUUCCGGGAAACUCCUCAAGGCAGUGCUACUUAUGCAUUAUCUCAUCACUACUCCGUCUUGGGCCUUAACAGGUUGAGAACACAACCUUAUACUGACAAUGAGAUUAAGACUGCUUUCAGGGCCAAGGCAAUGCAGUACCACCCAGAUCAAAAUCAGGACAACAAAGAGUUAGCUGAGGCAAAGUUCAAAGAGGUCAUGACAUCAUAUGAAGCUAUUAAGACGGAGAGAAAAAACAAUAAAGCGUGAGCUCUUAAAAAAGGAAUGCAGUGUGUUGUCAAAUAAGAAUAAAUAAGGAAUGCAGUGUUGAGACGAGGAUUGUUUAACUUCAACAGGUGGAGUCACUGGUUCACAGCAUUACGAGGUGUCCAGUGCAUAAUCGGCGAUUUUCAUUUUUUGUGUUGUACUCAAGGGCUUAGUUGCACCGUACACCAGCAGAAUAUAGCAACAUUCUUUUCUUUUCUUUUUUUCUAUCAUUUUACCGUUUGGAUAUUCACCACAUCUGGCGAUUUUUGGGCCGAUCGCAUAGCUCCCUAUGUAUUUGUUUGGCUUGCAUUGUCACAAGCUAUUAUGUAUAAAAGAUUAAUAAAUCUUCUUCACUAGGUCUGUUCUGUGCCUGAGGUUUUGCUUCGACAUGGAUCGAUACAACUCACGCAUUGACGCAUAGAAUGUAAAUUAUUGGAUGCUCACUCUGAUAAUUAGGACUAGUAAAUAAUUGCUAGUAAUAAAAUCAUGUUGAUUGGGUUGCCCCUA